AUGCUAUAUAGUAAUGCAAUGCAUUCUUUUUUUCCUUUGGAUGAUUUUUCUCGAAGUAACUUGGUCAAUAAUGACAUUUUUAUAUGCUGCAACCUAGAAGAAACAGCCACCAAUGGACAGGAAUUCGUCACAUUAAGUGGUCUAUCUCUUUCAGUCCAUGCCGACGAAGCAAUACAGAAGCAUCCUCAUGCUAACAAGCAUCUGGAGCGAAGCAUGAAGCACAAGCUUCUCGAGGAUAAGCUGACACCUAAUAAGGAUGAGAACAAUGGAGAUACUAAGAGGCAACCUUUUGGGGUUAAGGAUAUAAACAACAACAUGGCUUAUGAGGCCGAAGAGAGCUUGAGUGGCGGCUUUUGGAUCUUCAAGCCCUGCACUUUCCUGGUGGAGUGGCAGCAAAAUAGUUCAGAGGCUUUAAAGCUACUGCACUUUACAUAG